AUGACAAUAAGUAUCGACGAGUACUAUGUUAUCAGAACAACUAUAACAGAUAAUAAAUUUCUUUUUUUCUGUCUUUAUGAAAAUCAUGAUCUCGAUCAAAUUGUUUCUCAAGGUCGUCAAUUAUUCAGUCAAUGUGAUGGACAAACUUCAUUAAAAAUAAAUGAAAUAACACAUCGUAUUCAACAACAAUGGACAAAUAUUGAACAACGUUUACAAGAAAUCAUACGACCAUCAAGAGAAAUAGUUGAUUAUUGGAGACAAUUUAACAGUUCAUAUGUUCAUUUACUUGAUCGACUUGAUUAUUUAAAUGAAUUAAUAGAAAUAAUUAAUCAAAUUCAAAUUGAUUAUAAAUCUCAACAAUUAACUGAUGAAAAUGAAAUAAAUAAUUUAAAACAACUUCAUCAAUUUCAUAGAUUACUUUUAUCAAAACAUGAUUUAAUUGAACAUUUAAAUUCAAAUGAAUUUAUUUGA